UUUAUUUUUUAUCAAAUUCUUUGUUAAUUUUUGACUAACAGUUUAAAUAAUGGCUCUUCGCUGUAUUUGUUCAAGAUUCCCUUCCAAGUUACGAGUACCCAAUAAUAAACAUGGAUUCGUUCGGAGCAGCAGUAGCUCGGCAGCAGAACCAUCAGUCCCAUGGCUGGAAAGCCCAAGUGUUGUAUUUUCAGUGGAUGCGUUAAACCAUGAUUGGGGGGCAUGGCCGGUUGUUCUUAUCUCAGCUAUUGGUUUGGCAUGUGAGAUACUUGCCAUAUUGCGCUUAGCUAUUAAACGCGAUGAUGUCUGGUAUACUAAAGAUUCGGCUGCUUGCGAAUUUGUUGAGACGCGCAAGGGUUAUCCAGCAGCUGUGCGUAAGAUGGUAGUAUACAAUCAGAAAUAUGAGACUCCUCAGCAACUCAUUGAAGCUUUUCAAAAAGAUGUCGAUGGUCCUUCUGCCGACAUUCAGGAAAUUAAAAAUGACAUUGAUGUUAAAAGUAAUGUAGUUAACAAAAAGAUAAUAGCUGCCCAUGCGAUUGCCAGUCUUGGCGUUAUAUACUUGGCUUUGUUCUUGUAACAUACGAUACCCAUAAGAAGCGUCAAGUUUGGAGCGAUAUUUGUAACCACAUAACGUAAUGAUUUACAACAUACAAAUAUAUGGGAAUAUGUACUGGCGAAUGAAAUAAAAAGAAAUAAGUCAAUAUCAAGAAA